AUGGAGCCGGAAAGUUCUAACGGGUUCAAACGGAACUCCAUCCACGGAAUAUACAGUCGUCCAGUGGAACGGCGCCCGAGCAAGAAGUCUUCCUCUAAAGAUCGGCAUGGGAUGGUCUAUCCGGAAAGUUUUCGAGAUACAGGCAUUCGCACAGUGACCCCCGACCCUGAGGCUAGGAAUCAUUCCCCUGCGUCAGAAGCAGAGCAUCUGGCAUCAAGUGCGGCCCCCUCUCCUCGUGCUGCCGCCCGGGCACGAGCCUCCGAUCGCGAAGCUCGUCGCGAAUUCUACUCGCGUCAUUCGGCCGGUGACGAAGACGAGCCGCCGGUGGAAGUCAAGGCCCAACGGGCGCGGUCACGAACCACCACCCUGGAUGGUCAGCGCAGCGAAUUAUCCCCCAAUACAUUUUUCAGAUCCCGAAAUCGUUUGGGUUCCAUCAACACCACAAAUCCUCAGUCUAGAACACCCGACGAGCAAACGACAUCGAUCGGGUUUCCGUCCAUACAAUCCCCCACUUACCUUAGCCAUACCCUUGGCCGGCAGCGAUCAAGCAAGCCUCCGGGUAGCUCGAACUUGGUAACGAGCGUGUCGGCCAAUCAAACGACAUCCCCGCUGUCGAGCACUGAUGCGUCAAAGAUCCUGCAACUCAUGAAAACAACUUGUGGAAGGAUGCACGGCAUCCUUUCGUUUCGGACUGCAUCUACAACCGCCUGGUCGUCGGGUUAUUGCGCCAUCAAUGUUGCCACCGGAAGCUUGAUAUACCAAGCUAAAGGAGAGCCCGCAUUGGCCAAGACGCUGAUUCCCGAUCUUCGUGGCUGUCAGGUUCGCACCCUGGUCGAUCCUGAGACCCGCACCAAUUAUCUCAGCGUCUCAACGUUCACCUCUGGUUUAGGGGUGGAGCUGAAACCGCAUGUGAGCGAAACAUUUGACUCCUGGUUGGCUGCGCUCCUAUGCUGGCAGCCCAUCCGACCGAAAGGGGUUCAAAAUAAGAUGACGAAACCACAAUCAGUCGUCAUUGGAGACCGGCGCUUAGUUGAUCGUAGGCGAAACUCAGAGAGCACUGUUCAGAAAGAGGCCGCAAUUAUCAAGGUGGGCAAGAUGCUCCUCUGGGAUCGACCGAGUGCCUCUGGUGUCCGACCAUCGUCGGGGCGUCGGGUGUCCACUUACAGACAACAAAGGGCGCUUUCCGCGUCUUGGUUACGAGUAAGCUGCACGCUGCAGGAAAACGGCGCUUUCAAGCUAUACACGGAGUCGGACAUCACUCUGGUCGCUUGCGUUCAGUUAUCGCAACUCUCCCGUUGUGCAGUACAACAGCUGCACGCAUCCGUCUUGGAGGAUGAAUUCUGCAUUGCAAUUUACCCGCAGUAUGCAGUACACUCUGCCUCGGGCCUGACGCGCCCAGUAUAUCUAGCUCUCGAAAGUCGCGUUCUGUUCGAGGUGUGGUUCGUCCUUCUACGUGCCUUCACAAUUCCAGAGCUUUACGGACCUGAAACGCCGGUAGAGGAGGACUCACCGAAGACCCCUGGAUCAAGCGAUACUAGUGUGGCCUCUGUCGCCGACAUGUUUCGAAUCGAGAGAGUGCUUGAUGUAAGAGUAACGGAAGCUAAGCUAUAUCGCUGCAGAACCGCGGACAAGGCCCCCCGCAGUCGGAAACAGUCUCGGUCCCAUAGCAACUCCGCCCCAGCCUCUGCAGUGAGCGACUACUAUACCGAAGUUCUCCUAGACGGUGAGAUUCGGGCGAAGUCUGCCAUCAAAUACCGCACAGCGAACCCUUUCUGGCGGGAAGACUUUACCUUCAGUGACCUUCCGCCUGUCCUGUCUCAGGUCUCGAUUCUUGUGAAAACGAUCAACUCAACCCAGAAAGACUGGUCGCUUAUUUCACAUGGCUCUCAUGCCUUGGGCCAUGAUUCGAACCCUCUGCGCGCGUUGGAUGACGUAGAACUCGCUUCGCAUGAUGCCACCUUCGGCCGAGUUGAUCUGAAACUAGAUGAUUUGCAACCAGGCAUGGAAAUCGAGAAAUGGUGGCCGAUCCUUGACGACAAAGACCAACCUGUGGGUGAAAUGCUUAUGAGGGCUCGGAUGGAAGAAACUGUCGUGCUCAUGUCUCAAGAAUACACACCAAUGUCCGAGCUUCUGCAUUCCUUCACCAACGGCCUCACGAUCAACAUGGCCCAGGUUAUGUCGUCCGAACUCAACCAAUUGUCGGAAGCGCUCUUGAACAUCUACCAGGUGUCAGGGACGACUGUCGAAUGGAUCUCUGCCCUGGUAGAGGACGAAAUCGACGGCGUGCACAAAGAAUCGACAGUAAGCCGACUACGAUACACGUCAAGAAUCCACUCGAAUGACGCCCGGGAGUCAGCUCAGGAUCGAGAAGUCCUCGUCAGAGACCUGGGUCGAACUGCUACUGUUGAGGCGAAUCUUCUCUUCCGCGGUAAUUCGCUUCUGACCAAGGCACUCGAUUAUCACAUGCGUCGACUUGGAAAGGAAUAUCUGGAGGAGACGAUUGGGGAGCGGCUUCGUGAGAUCGAUGAGACAGAUCCGGACUGCGAGGUCGACCCGUCUCGGGUACAUCGUUCUGAUGACCUCGACCGUAACUGGAGAAACCUGAUCGCUCUCAGCAAUGGAGUUUGGAAGUCGAUUGCGGCCUCUCCGUCCAGAUGUCCGGCCGAACUGAGGCUCAUUUUCCGCCAUAUCCGGGCUUGUGCGGAGGAUCGGUACGGUGACUUCCUUCGAACCGUCACUUACAGCAGUGUUUCUGGCUUCCUGUUCUUGCGAUUCUUUUGUCCGGCAAUCCUGAACCCGAAGCUCUUCGGGUUGCUGAAAGAUCACCCACGCCCUCGUGCUCAACGUACUCUGACUCUAAUCGCGAAGGCAUUGCAGGGUUUGGCCAAUAUGACUACUUUCGGGAGUAAAGAGCCUUGGAUGGAGCCCAUGAACAAGUUCCUGAACACAAAUCGGUCCGAUUUCAAACAGUUCGUGGAUUCGAUUUGCGCCAUACCCGCUGAUCGCCCGGCCCCAAUUGUAACCCCUUCUUACGCCACGCCCAUCCAGAUUCUGGGCCGCUUACCCCCGACGUCACGCGAAGGAUUCCCUAGUCUCCCUUUCCUGAUCGAUCAUGCGCGAAGCUUUGCCAACCUGAUCAGCAUUUGGCUGGAAUCAGCACCGGAGCGCCUGAACGAAUUGGAGGAUGUCGACUCCGCAGUGGGCAAGUUCCAUGAAUUGGCCCUCCGGCUCCAUCAGCGGACGAAGGAUUGCAUGAGCCGAGCCGAGCAGGCAGAACGACCAACUGGAAGCCUGGAGGUCAAAUGGGAGGAAUUGAUUGAUUCUAUGGAGCGAUCAGCGACCUUUUACGACGACAGCUCUAAACCGGCAAGUCCGGCGACGGAGGCGGCGGUGGCAGGAUCUGCCUCGGUGACGGGCAGUCAUCGCAACUCGAUCGGUUAUUUUACUACACGGCCCUCCCUUCCACGUCGAUCGACCGAUCAUCCGCCGGAGGGUGAGGAGGACACGCCACCUAGUUCCUCGUCCGCAACGUGGGACCAGAGCCGGGUGCCUUUUACGAUCCCUCGGUGGGCUGACCCUCGGGAUAGUACCGGUAGCUCAAAGAAUUCAUCGACAUAUUCUCUCGAAUAUCAGGAGCCCUCCAGAUCUCGUCGCUCCAGCAUUACGAGGGAAACAACAAGCAAGUAUCGGUUCUUUGACUUUGUCCCUGCCGCGUCUCGGCGCAAAGCUAAAGAUCGAGAUCAAGCUCAACAGCAAUCCCGUGAAGAGCAACGAAGUGAGACAUGA